AUGUUUUCGCACCGCCUCAGAUUUAUUGGACUUGCGCUGGCUGUACUAUCCUCCCUAUCAAUUGGUUCAAGCUACGUCGUCACAAAGAAGGGUCUCACACAAGCAGCCGAGAAAUAUGGGUUCACUGGCGAUGGAUUUGAAUACAUUUGGAGUCCGGUGUGGUGGUGUGGAUUAACCAUGCUGCUUACAGGAGAGUUGAUGAAUACUGCCGCAUAUGCGUUUGCUCCGGCCGUGCUGGUCACGCCGCUUGGGGCGCUGAGCGUACUCAUCAGCUCCUUUAUGGGCUCAUAUUUCCUCGGAGAAGAGAUCAAUCUCCUCGGAAAACUGGGAUGUGCUGCUUGUCUUCAGGGCUCGGUGCUGUUGGUGCUCAAUGCGCCCGGCGACAAGGACAUCAAGACCGUGGAUGAGAUCCUGGAACUGGCGAUUCAACCAUUAUUUCUUGUCUAUUGCGCUUGCGUUGCAUCGCUUGCAACUUACAUCAUCUGGAAAGUCGCACCGUUUCAGGGGAAAAAAAACCCUCUAGUCUACAUCUCGAUCUGUUCUUCGGUCGGAUCCGUGUCCGUUAUGUCAGUCAAGGCGUUUGGAAUUGCGGUCAAGCUUACCGUGGGCGGCGAAAACCAAUUCACUCAUGCAUCAACGUAUGUCUUCGCGUUAGUGCUGGUAGUCACAACCCUCACCCAGAUGAAUUACUUGAAUAAAGCAAUGAGCGAGUUUCCUGCAUCACUAGUAAACGCGAUGUACUAUGUUGGUUUCACGACUUGCACCCUCUCCGCCUCUAUCAUAUUUUACCGCGGGCUUAACACCAGCAACUGGACCAGUAUCAUUUCGAUGAUAUGUGGAUUCCUGCUCAAUUUCACGGGUAUCUCACUCUUGACCUUGUCUAAAACUAUAUCUUCCAAUGAAAAGCGCGCUGAGUCAGUGCGAGACUUCAGCAUGCGGUCACUCGACCUCUUCCACGUACGAACAAGCAGCGUGGAUGUUGAUAGAAUCCUUGAAAGAAGACCUCUCGGAGCUAGAUCGGAAGAGAGACCAUAA